AUGUUUGGCUUGGCACAGACAAGGCAAAUUGGAAGCUUGGCAAAACAAAACACAGAACAGCCAAAGUCCCAGUUGCUCUCUUAUGAUGACUCUUCGGCUGGUUGGCCAUUGACAGAGGGAGGUGAGUGUGUUAGUGCCAAAUCAGAUAUUGAGUUCUGGGAGCCUUUGAGAUGUAGAUUGAUUGAUGAAAAUUUUAAAGGCAUCUCUUACCUUCUGAUUCUGAUUCAAGCUUUCUACAAAUCAAAGGGGGUUGAAUGUAGCAGGAUUGAACUGAUCAUAAUAACAAGCUGCAAGAUUUUUGUUAAUAGCUGUGUGAUUGACUCUUCAUUUGCCCAAACCCUAUUAAAAGAGGCUCAUCACAUUUGUCUACAGGUCCAGGUUGACCUGUUUCAUAAUGUACAUCAGACGUAUAUUCCUAUCAUAAAAGAUUUUUUUGAAUUACAAAAAAUUCUGCAACGUCACCACACUGCCGGACAACUGAAAUUUUGUUUAACAUUGACUAUAAUUAUUACAUUUUGUAUAAAAAACAUCAAAGCGCGGAUGGUUAAGUGGUAUAAUCUUCGCCUGCCACGCGAAGGGCCCGGGUUCGAUUCCCGGUCCGCGCAUCUUUUGCAGUUAUCGUUUUUGAUCUGGGUUGUUCUGUCAGACAUUAUUUUGAUGAAUCCGAGAAAUCGGGAUAAUUGA